GGAGCGCUCCGUAGGCCGCGGAGAAGCCUGCAGCUGUCAUAAAGAGGGUUAUCGCCGGACCAAGAGGCGGGUGGUUAGGGGAGCGGGGCGCAUUUAUGUUGCGGUGGUUGUUUUUUUAAGCGCGUUUCAGGGAUCGGUCAAUUGCCCGCCCCGGAAGUCUGAGCAGGAUGAGGCGGGGCAAGAAAGCAGCAAUUCCGGUGAGUUCUGUGGCGCCCGCCUUACGGCGCAGAGCUUCUUCGACUGAGGAUCCGGAAGCGCCUUUAGACGCCGCCGCCUCCUGCUCGCUGGGCUCUUCCGCUUCGCAGGGCGACCCUCUUCUGCUGCCCGAGAGCAAGGGGACACCCGGCUGGGAUAAGAAACCCCUCCUCGCCUCCUCGCCUGUGCAGCCCGAAACCAGCAAGCCUCUUUUGCCCCGGGAGAGAGUCUACGACGGCUGCGGAGCGCAAGACGUGGCCUUGCAGGCAGACAUCAUGCUCGGCGUAUUCCGAUCCAUCCCGACACAGAUGGACUAUAAAGGCCAAAAACUAGCAGAGCAGAUUUUUCAGGGGAUCAUUCUUUUCUCUGCUGUAAUUGGCUUUAUCUAUGGGUACAUCACUGAACAGUUUGGCUGGACAGUUUACAUUGUAAUGGCUGGAUUUGCUUUAUCAUGCUUGCUCACACUUCCUCCAUGGCCCAUUUACCGUCGCAAUCCUCUGAAGUGGCUACCUGUCCAGGAAUCGGCAAUAGAUGAUAAGAAACCAGCAGACAGAAAAGUAAAAAGGCACACUAAAAACUGAAAAAAUACAUAUCUUGUAUCAUUUUCUGUCAUUAAAUUUGAUUUAAAAUCUCUUA